UGUCCCACCUUUUUUUUUAGUGUAACUCUCGGCUGCUCCUCCACCUGUCUAGCUACAACCAUCACAAGCGGCGAACCCCGACAGAGGUCGCGGAGGAGAUGGGGGAGGGAGAGCGUGGGGACCGCAUGGCUCAACAUACGCCUUCAAAAGCCAGGGCUUUGCUCACGGUGUCGGUAGAAUGUCUACCGUUGUUCAUUAGGCCGUGGUUUGUGCGAACGAUGGUUCUCCUCUUAUCUUCCCUCUCAAGAGUCGGCAGCCUCUGCAAGAACCUUGUUCUCUGAGCUGUCGAGCGUUUCUGCUGAAGCCAGCAAAAGAAUUUGGUGUUGGUCUGAUGAUAUCUAAACUACAGCGAGUGCACGCGCUCCGUGUAUGACGCAUCGAAGCUCAGGGGACCCCUCCUUCUUUCUGCAGACGUGAAGGGCCGGUGCCGCUGGAUUUUCCUGAAAAGCGAAGGAAAUUUCCUUGACCCACCUGGACACGAGUCAACUCAGAAUGUCAUCGGCCAGUCCAAAGGACAUCUGCUUCUUCGUCUCCGUCGUCUGCAGUCUAGCUUGCGUCAUCGUUUUCUCCGCGCAUGCCCACGCGCAGGAAACGGAAGCACGGUCAGCCCAGAAGCUACUGCUGCUUCUGCUGGACGGGGCCAGGCAUGACUACCUGGACCACAGUGACACACCUUUACCUGGAUUUAAGCAAGUGACAGCACGGGGAGUUCAGGCCGACUACCUGAUACCCGAUUUCCCGACCGUUUCAUAUCCCAACUACUACAGUCUGAUGACAGGACUGCACACGGAAUCGCACGGCAUGACGGGAAAUUAUAUGUAUGAUGUCACGAAGAAGGAAAAGUUCCUGAUCGGCACCAACCCGGAACAGUUCCAUUCACACUGGUGGGACGGUGGUGACCCCUUGUGGAUCACUGCAGUGCGACAGAACAAGACAGCCUACAUGUACUACUGGCCGGGCUGCGAGGUUCAGAUUCGCGAGUUGCGUCCCACGUUUUGUCAGCCUUAUAAAAGUGUGCCUGAUGUGCGGCAGUUCCAACAGGCGGUUAUGGACGGACUCCAGAAGCUGCAGCGUGGAGAUGCCGAUAUUGUAGGAGUUUACUUCGAACUUCUGGACUCUCAAGGGCAUUCCUACGGACCAUUAAGUCGGCAAGUAAUGGAUGUCAUGAAAAAUUUGGACCAGAUCAUGUCUACCUUGUACAGACCCUCAACACAUCCUCGUUUAGUGAUGUCAACCUGCUGGUGUUCGGAUCAUGGACAAACUCGGGUCACCCCGCAGCGGGUCAUAAACCUUGUGGACGUCAUCGAGACCGGAGAUUAUGAAGCCAUUAUGGGGGACAUCUCUGUUGUUGGCAUCUAUCCCAAGGAAAAUAGAGAAAAUAAGCUGUACGAAAAGCUGAAAAAUGUCCACCCGAACCUGAUGGUGUACAGAAAGGAAGAUCUUCCCGACAGAUGGCACUACAAGCGCGGCAAAUACGUAUCCGCCAUCACUCUCGUUGCUGACCCAGGCUGGGUUAUCUUGCAUCCAGAAUCUCGGACUUUUCCCACGCGACAAAGUGAUGGUAUGCCCAAGGAGGGUUGGCAUGGUUACGAUAAUAACAACAAAGAUAUGAUGGGAUUGUUUUUCGCCAUGGGACCAUCAUUUCGACAGAAUGUGCGAGUGCCUCCAUUACACUCCGUUGACUUGUACCAGCUCAUGUGUUAUAUUCUCAACAUUCAACCAUCCCCCAACAACGGCUCCUGGCCUCGAGUGGCGGAAGCGUUAACCUCCGUGACCUCCCGCUGUAUGACGUCAGUGUACUGGACAGUCUUUCUGUUGGCUCUCGUGUUCGAGCUGAGCCAUUCGUGGGACAUGAUAUAGUGGUUGUUUUUAUUCGCUUAGACAUAGUGGUUGUUUCGUUUGUUUUAAGUCUAAUGUCACUAUUUGUAGUGCUCAUGAUAGGAAGAUGUAGUCAGUACACGUGUACUUUACAGAAAUCAUUUUAUUCCCUGAUCACGUGUCUGUUAUUGUCAGAAAGACUGUUUAAUGUCAUGUCAGUGUGCAACUGAAAAUGUUUGUGAUAGCAGCUGUCUUUCGCUCAAAUAAAAACUCACGACUGAGAAAA